GAACCGGAUUUUUAUAUCUGUAGCUGGAACUUUAAAGACCAACAACUUUUGUUUAUUUAAAGAUAAAGUACGUGCGUAACUAAAAAAUGUGAGUGAUUAUUGCAGACACAAUAACUGAUAUCUCAUUACGUCUUGACCCCAGCUCCGGGUCAGAAGGAACUCGAUAUUACGGCAAGCGCUCUGUCCCUGGCUCAGUACGAGCUAAAAACUCAGCAACAUGCGGACCUCGCUCAUAUUAAGUGUAAUCGCCUACGCGACAAUAGUCAUGCCAGCCCCGAGUUUUAGCGAUUCCAUUUCAAACUUCUUCUCCGGUCAAUCCGAGAAGGCCACGAAAUUCUUUGAAGAGCAGAGACAAAAAAUGGAGAGAGCUUUCAACUCUAGUAUAGAGGAAGCGACAAAAAUGAAGGAUGCCGUUAACAACUACAUGGAAGAACAGCAGAAUAAGAUCAGCACUGACAUCAAUAACUACGUUGAAAGCGUGAAGGAGAGCGGAAGAAAAGUGGCAGAUUCCUGGUCCUACCUGCCAAGCGAAGAUAGUACAGCGCGUUUAAAAAACCCUGACAUCGUACUGUCGGUUCCUGCCACUGUCGCUCGCCAUGGAUACAAUUGCGAAACUCACACUGUGAUAUCUCAAGGGUAUCUACUUAGCAUACACAGAAUACCUCGUUCGAAGAAGGGAGACAACGUUCCCUCGAAGACUGUUAUUUUACAUCAUGGAUUAUUCGCCAGUUCUGCAGAUUGGAUCCUCAACGGCCCCGAAAAAGGCUUAGCUUACAUGCUUGCUGAUGCUGGAUAUGACGUUUGGAUGCCUAAUAUAAGAGGCAACAAGUACUCCAGGGAGCAUGCCUGGUUGAAAACCGACUCCAAAUCCUACUGGAACUUUUCUUGGCACGACGUCGCUUUAUACGAUGUUCCCGCAAUUAUUGACUAUAUAAUUAAAAUGAAAGGUGAAGGCACUAAAAUUACAUACAUAGGACAUUCGAUGGGGACAACGAUUCUCUUUGCAAUGCUAACUUUACGUCCUGAUUAUAACAAGAUUCUGACCGCUGGUUUCGCUUUAGCGCCUGUAGUGUUCAUGAACGACAUGAAGUCUUCUUUGAAAUCAUUCGCACCUCUAGCCAGCAACGUCGCUUACAUGGAGAUGCUAUACGGGUCCCACGAGUUCAUUCCUAAGCACUCGGCGCUAGGCAGGAUAUCGACUUCUUGUAAAGCGGACAGCUUUGAUGCGGCGUACUGUAGAAACAUUAUCUUCUCCAUAUGUGGUUAUGAUGAAAAGCAGUUCAACAAGGAGCUCCUACCAGUAUUUCUGUCACACCUCGGCACUGGGACUUCGUGGAAGACAACGGUACACUUUGCCCAGCUGGUCACCUCGGAGAGGUUCCAACAGUUUGACUACGGAGCCAGUCAUAAUAAAAUUAUGUACGGGCGAGAAACGCCUCCCGAAUACGAUCUUAAGAAAGUUACUUUACCCAUAACAUUGUUUUGGUCGAAAAAUGAUUUAUUGUCAAGUGAAGCAGCGGUAAAUAUGUUGAAGGAGAGAUUACCGGCGACGACCGACUCGUACUUGGUGCCAAAUGAAGAAUUCAAUCACUUAGAUUAUUUAUGGGCUAUCGAUGCUCCUACGCUAUUGAACAACAAGAUUAUUGAAAAGCUCAAUGCCGUAUCUUCAAGUUAUGACUUUUAUUUCUCUAUAAAAACUGUAGGGAUAUGAAAUACCGAUGUUUCUAAAACUGUGCUUCAAG